GUUCGGCGGUGCGUCGCGGCUCUUCGCCCGUUUCAACAGAAAUACGAACAUGACGAGGCGGCCGGGGCGGCGGGUGGUGUUCCUGGGACAGAGGAUGGAGAAAACCGCUCCGAGCUUAAAAAACGAGCAUUAAGAAUCGAGAAAACCCGCCACACCAGAGCCGUCCUGUCCGACCGCGCCGCGCAUGAAGCCGAGCUCCGCCGCCGCUCCUCCGGCCGCCGCCGCCGCCGCCGCCAUGCGGAGACGCGCGGCGGUUGACGGCGGUCAGCCUGGCCAUGAGCCUGCUCGCGCUGCUCCUGCUGGUCACGGCCAUUUUCACCGACCACUGGUACGAGACGGACACCAGGAGGCACAAGGAGAACUGCGACGAGCACGGCUCCGACUCCAACGAUCAGAAGAACCGGGACAUGCCGAUCUACCACCUGCCGCUGGUGGACGGCGGCGGCGGCGGUGGCGGCGGCGGCGGCGGCGGCGGCGCACGGCGGAACGUGGCGCUGAUGAAGCCCGUGCACGUCGGGAGCACCGAGGAGGAGCUGCUGGAGAACUGGAGGGCCAUCCUCGGCAUGGGCAUCCUGGAGACCGAGUGCGGCCGGCCGCUGUUCUCCACCUACUCCGGCCUGUGGAGGAAAUGCUAUUUUAAAGGAAUGGACCUGGACAUCGAUAAGCUCAUAGCCAAGGGUAUCGCUGAUCGAUGCACGGCUGUCAAAUAUCAUUUCACCCAGCCCGUCAGGCUCAGGAACAUCCCACUCAACCUGACCAGGACCAUCCAACAGGACGAGUGGCACCUGCUACACCUACGCAGGAUAACAGCAGGGUUUCUGGGAAUGGCAGCGGCGGUGCUGCUGUGUGGCUGCAUCGUGGCCUUGGUGGGAUUCUUCUGGGAGGAGAGUCUGACACAACAUGUCUCUGGACUGCUCUUCCUCAUGGCAGGGAUCUUCUGCACAAUCUCUCUGUGCACGUACGCCGCCAGCGUGUCCUACGACCUGUCCAGAAACCCGCCCUUCAUCUACGGCCUGCCAGGUGAUGUGGACCACGGCUACAGCUGGUCCAUCUGCUGCGCUUGGGUCAGCCUGGGCCUCAGCGCCGCCUCUGGCUGCCUCUGCACCGCCUACCCCUUCCUGAACCGUGCCGAAGGCCAGCCCUCCAAAACCGCACGCGAGUCCUCAGUGUGAACGAGACCAACGCGAGAGGGAACGUGUCAAUCAAACACGUCCUUGUGACGGAUGGGGGCGGGACCACCCUCGCAGCCCGUGCUUGCUUGAGGAACCGUUUCCGGAAGAGAAACGGAUGUAGGUGGUGUUGAAGAGGAUUUGAGUUGACUGCCGCCCUGCUGGAAGGGAAGAGAACUGCUGCUUGUUUGUGUUCAACAAAUUGAGUUUUUUCUCUCUAGAGUGAGUGUGCUGCGAUGAGAAGUGGGGCUUUUAAUUUGAAAACAGAGCACCUUCUGUUGGCUUUAUCUACACUGUGGUGGUGUCUAAGGGAUGUAACUAAAUGUACGGCCGUAUGAUUACAACACACACACACACACACACACACACACACACACACACACACACACACACACACACACUAGAACCUGUCAGCAGGUUCCAUGGAGCAGGAAUGUUAAUGCGGUGAUGUUGGAGCAGUGAUACUCUAUUAGCCUAAUGGACCCUUACAGUAUUUUUCAGGGGCAAGUGAGAAAUGUGUUUUUGAACUUGAUAAUUAAAACGGUUUAAGUUAGCGUGUUGUAAACAUUCACCACUAAACACAACUUGUUCAGUCCAGAAUUUGUUCAAGAAAACCAGACAAGAACCCAACGUCGCCUCCUUGGUCCAUUUAAGUCAAAGACAUCAGUUUAUCCUGUACUAACAACUAAUAUCCAAUUGUUGAGCUAUGCUAACACCCAAAUAUUGGGAAAAAAAUCUUAAAUGUAGCACAAAAGUUUGACAUUUGUUUGUUGAGUUGGAUCAGCUGACAUGUGAAUAAAGAGAUUGUGUG